GGCAGCCUGCAGCUGAAUUUUUGUGAUCACUGAAGCCCCAGGUAUACUUCGGCCGUCCUCGUUUGUGAAUUUGACAUUCACAAUUUUCGUCAUGAGGCAGGCUCGUGGCCAGCCGCACACCCCGUCCGCAGGCAACCCAAAUUUCGAGACCGUGCAGAUGGUGCACAUGCACAAGCAAGACGGAAGAGUCCACUAGGUGGCAAUACACACAGUACUGAGCACAAUGUGCAGUCGUCAAAGAAGUGUGUAAAUAGCGAUUCAAAAACAAGACGAAUAAACUCAGAGGCAUGCUUUCCCCAUCGUUUUAUAAUUCCUGUUCUCUUGGUGUAUCUUCUGAACUAUGUUGCAGUGGUGGAUGCACUAUUUUUCUUCUUCGAUCCUGCCCAGCGAAUGUCCCAUAGAUGACAUGAUGUCUGGUAAUAGUAUAGAAAAUGUUUUAUUGUGCAUGUGUCAAACUCGGUGAUCCACGUGCAUCCGUGGUUUAGUAUACUUUGAAAGAUUCACGGACACGACUGCACGCGAGACACAUCCAGGCGUGGAAAAUUAAGUAUACCCGGGGCUUGAUGGCGCGCUGUCUUUCCGCACUCAUGAGGUUCACAUGAGAGUUCAUACAGGAGAGAAGCCGUUCACAUGUGAUCAGUGUGGAAAGAGUUUCAAACAAAAAGGACAUCUUAAGGAACACAUGAGAGUUUACACUGGAGAGAAGCCACACACAUGUGAUCAGUGUGGGAAGAGUUUCACGCGAUCAUCGAGCCUUAAAGAACACAUGAGGAUCCACACCGGAGAGAAACCGUUCACAUGUGAUCAGUGUGACAAAACAUUUCGUGGGGAAUCAGCCUUAAAGAGACACCUGAAAAUUCAUAUAAAGGAGAAGCCAUAUUCAUGUUCUGUGUGUGGAAAGAGUUUUUCACUGCUGCAAAAUUUGCAUAGACAUCAGAAAAUACACACUGGUGUGAGAGAGUACAUGUGCUUUGAGUGUGAGAAGACUUUUACUACAGCAAACCAUUUAAAAGUGCACCAGAGAAUUCACACUGGAGAAAAACCUUACAAGUGUUCACACUGUGACAAGAGAUUCAGUGUGUCAUCACAUCUGAAAACACAUGAGAGGAUCCACACUGGAGAAAAACCUUACAAGUGUUCACACUGUGACAAGAGAUUCAAUCAGUCAUCAAAUCUGAAAUGGCAUGAGAAAAUCCACAGCACAGAGAAGCCGCACAACUGUGAUCAGCGUGGAAAGAGUUUCACUAUUAAAAGUCACCUGAAGAUACACAUGAAGAUCCAUGCAGUGGAGAAACCACAUCACCACGGUGUGAAAUGAAGUAGUUCAUUUUUAUGUGCUGAACAAAAAAAUCUCUUCUGUGUAAGUUAGCCACAGCCAAAUCUCUCCUCUCCAGCUAUAGUUGGCACCAUGGGUUACAAGUUUUAUUUUUUAAAAAUUUUUUUGCAGUUACAAAACGUCUUUUUGUACCUGCAUCAGCAAAUUAUUCACAAAAAUUAAGCAAACAAGUUUAACCCUUUAACGACCCAGUGGUCCGCUGGCGGGACAAUAGAGUUUUAUAAGGUUACUGCGUGGACUGUUCAAUAUUCAGUACUGCAAUGUCUGAGUCUCUCCAGUCACAUGAUGUUUCUCAUGUGUUUUCAGUUGGCGCUACUACAAAGAAAUGUUUACUAGACUGUGGACUAGCUUUACUCUCUGAACAGUGGCAGCCUGCAGCUGAAUUUUUGUGAUCACUGAAUACUCGGGUAUACUUCGGCCGUCCGCGUUUGUGAAUUUGACGUAUAUAAUUUUCGUCAUGCGGCUGGCGUGAGCCGUCUGCAUGAGGCUGGCUGAAGGGAAGGAAAAGAUGUGGUAGAAAAAAGUGUACAAGCAAUAGGGAUAACCGCACCCUGGA